UGGCCAGUCCUGCAGGACCGGUAUAGCAUUUUUACUACUUCCGCAAGCAUCUUCAUGAGAUAGUCAUUAAUUCUGAUGAUAAAUUCCAUGCAAUCCAUGCAUGGGCAUGGUUUAUUAGUUUAUCCAAAGAACCCUGACAUGCUCCAAGGCUUGUGAACUUAUCCAUGUGCCGUACGGCGCCUAUAUUGAUCUUUUUGGUCGUCUCUCCUUCAGCGGAGUGACAAUUCAUCGCCUUUUCUCUUGUCUUCAUCCUUCUUUCCAUCUGUGGUAGUUUUUGUUACCAUCUGAUUAGUGACGAUGCGCAUGUCUGUGGAGGACCCUCUUACACUUGCAAUCGCACCUCCCAAAGAUGAAACACCCCAAGAGAAAGACACACGCGAGGAGGCAGAGGUCGAAGCUCGUCGAAUAAGCGAGGCUAUCGACGAGCAAAUCCGUCAAGAACGAACCGCACUCAAGAAGAAGAAGAAAUCUGUCAAAGUACUUCUCCUCGGACAGAGCGAGAGCGGGAAAUCUGCUACACUCAAAAACUUCCAAUUACAACAUGCACGACGCGAGUGGGCGGAGGAGCGAGCUGCAUGGCGGGCAGUCAUUUAUUUAAACCUUGUUCGCAACAUUGUCAGGGUCCUGGAUAUCCUCAGUCGGGAAAUGUCUCUAGCCGAGGGCGAAAAGCGUCCGGGGUCUACAGCAAUAGAGUAUCUCAGCGAUUCUGACGACGAGUCAACCAGCCAUGGAAUUGUUUAUCGUUUCUCUGAUAAGCAUCGUUUCAUGCAACGGCGUCUCGGCCCGUUACGCAGCAUUCAGAGUGACCUCGAGAACAAACUUGGUCCUGAAUCGCAAGAAGUUCGAUCAACAGCUUCCAUGUCCGCAACACCAUUUGAUUCUCCAGGCUUUCAAAUACUACCCAAACGCCCCUCGCGAGACUUUGGCAUCAAUUCAACAAAUGGAUGGAAAUCCGCCUUGGAAAAGCUGCGCCCGUCGAUGAUGUCCAGUGCCCGUCCUCAAAGACGGAGUGAUAGUGAUCAUAACGAGAUUACUGAUGUGCUCGUUGCGUGCAAGGAAACCAUGCUAGAGUUGUGGCAGGACCCCGUUGUCCAGCAGGUUUUGUCUCAUCGCAAGACAAAUAUCGAAGACUCACCGGGCUUCUUUUUGAACGACAUUGAUCGCAUCGUAUCGUAUGACUAUGAACCUAGCGACAACGACAUUGUUCGUGCGCGUCUACGAACGGUUGGGGUUCAAGAACACAAAGUCGUGAUGGACGACAGCAACGGCAAAGAGUGGCUAUUGUAUGAUGUUGGCGGAACGAGGUCUUCGCGUGUAGCAUGGGCGUCGUAUUUCGACGAUGUCGAUGCCAUCAUUUUCCUCUGUCCAAUCUCUUGCUUCGACGAGCGACUUCGUGAAGAUCGUCGCAUAAACCGCCUGGAAGAUAGCUAUCUCCUGUGGAAAUCAGUCUGCUCGUCUCGUAUUCUAGCCAAGACUGAGAUCAUUCUCUUUCUUAACAAGUGCGAUCUCCUGCACAAUAAGAUCAAGCGAGGGAUGUGUAUAAAGGAUCACAUCCCGAGUUACGGCAGUCGCAAAAACGACACCAUUACAGUAAUGAGAUUACUCCCCGGAGCCACGGCCAUUUUUAUCCAUUUCACAUCGGUAAUCGACACCAAGGCCACCGCAGCUACGUUGAGCGUAGUUGAGGAAAGUAUCCUUCGUACUCAUUUACGGAAUGCGGAUCUUCUAUAAUAUCGCGCGCUGUGUUAUCUUAUCACAACCUUAGUAUAACUACCUACUUCAUUGCUGUCCAUGUUUUAUAACGUGUUGUACCACCAACUUAUUAAUGCAUACCUCUCUAUACUUA